GUUUCUUCCUUGCAAAAUAUAAAUAAACCCAGAAUCCUCCACAACCCUCGCUCCUAAGAAAUUUCCCCUGUUUCCAAGUUAGGGUUUCGACUAUAUCUCUCUGAAACUGCAAGAAAUCUGUUUCCUUUUAGCAUCGGAAAAAAUGGCAACUGAACCGAAACCUGCAACUGAGGAUGUGAAGAUUGACUUGUUCGAGGAUGAUGAUGAAUUUGAAGAAUUUGAAAUCAAUGAAGAGUGGAAAGAGAAGGAGGAAGGGAAAGAGGUGACACAGCAGUGGGAGGAUGAUUGGGAUGAUGAUGAUGUCAAUGAUGACUUCUCACUGCAGCUGAAAAAGGAAUUGGAGAACACACCAAAGAACUGAGCUGUUUCUCUAACUUGUCAGUAUAUUGUCUCAAAUGUUAUUUUUGUGUUUGAGCAUGAAAUUGUUUUCUAUAUCUUUAGUAUGGAAAAAAAAUGCUUGAACUAUCAAGAUCAGAAGUUUGGUGCAAAAUAUUAAGCUUCCGGGCUUAAAUUCUGUGUUUGUUAGGGAUUUGUACCUGAUGAAUUGCUCUUUUCUGAAUGACAUGUUCUGCUGUUAUUGUUCCAA